UUGCAUUUGUAACAGAGUUCCAGAUUACGUCGGCGAAUCAUCAUUUCUUAACGGGGGUCUACAUAAAGACAUUUUACGAGCGUCUAACAAAAUUGACAAUUACCCAUUAAUAAAAUCGUGUAUUCCUUAUGACGCCACAAUUUUUCAACUCGCCCUUAUUCCGGCAAAAACAGAAACAAUAAUAAUAGAAAGUGCAAAAGUAGGUGAAAAUUUUCCACCUAUUUAUUUUAGUACAUCUUCUGUGAAGAAAAUAUCAUUGCGAAACAAUCAAAUUUUUGCCCUUACAGGGCCAAUAUGUAACUUAACCAAGCUCCAAUACUUUGACUUGUCCAGUAACAGAGCUGUUGAUAUAUCCAGUUAUGUAUUUGGUUCCCUUAUAGGUCUUAAACAUUUAGAAAUCGAUAAUAAUCUUCUAGGUAAUUCCAACAUUUUUUAUACAAACAAUUCUGUUUUUAUUUUUGAAAAUCAAACGAAUUUAAUGUUUCUCAACAUGUCGUCAAAUCGCCUAUCCCUUUUAUUCCGAAAUUUUCUAUUAAGGUCAUCUAAACUAAACACUAUUUUAAUGGAUCACAAUUUACUUACGGACUGGAAUAUUUCUAUUUAUCAUAUGCAAGACCUACAAUUUAUAGAUAUAAGUUGGAAUCAGAUAUUAUAUUUGUCUAGUGAAGGAAUGAAUCUACUCGAAAUUUCAUUUCCCUUGAAUACCACUAUCGAUAUGUCAAACAAUCCUUUUGAGUGUUCAUGUAAUUCAAUAUAUUUUUUGCAAUGGCUUCAGUUGCACAAGAAGCAUUUUAAAGGCUUCGAUGAUUAUUCAUGCACGUACUUAUAUAAGUCUUUUGAUAUACCAGAGGCAAACAUUCAUUUGAAAAAGGAUUGUUAUUCCUAUGUUGGAGUGAUUGUUUCAGCGGCGAUCGGAAUAAUAGUCUUUCUAGCUGUUAUUUCUUCUCUGAUAAUUUACCGAUAUCGAUGGAAAUUGCGUUACUGGUAUUAUAUCUUCAAGGGAGCCUACGGAGGUGAUCGUGUAAAGACUGAAUGCAAUUUUCAAUUCGAUGUUUUUGUAUCAUACGCGGAAAAGGACAGAUGGUUUCCGAAAGACUACAUGAUAGAAUUUCUCGAGAAACAAGGAGCAUUGCGCUUAUGCAUUCAUGAUAGAGACUUUAUCGCAGGAAGUGCCAUUGCCGAAAAUAUAACAAAUGCUAUUCACAACAGCCGAAAAUUUGUUUGUAUUCUCACAAAUAACUUUCUCAAGUCAAAAUGGUGUAUGUAUGAAUUUCAUAUGGCCCUAGAAGAUAUUGUGGUGACAAGACAGGGAAGAAAUAGCAUAAUAAUUGUUCAGCUAUCAAGCACAGAUGUCAGAAAUAUUCCUCGAGAAAUGAGGUAUAUAAUGAACGAGGACACGUACAUUGAUUAUCCAGAGGAUGAAGGAGACAGAGUAAUCUUUUGGGAAAAUUUUGAGAGAGAUUUUAAAUUUUAGUUUGAAAUGAAAUGCAAGCUUAAAUAUAGUUUUCGUAAGGUAUUUCAUGAAAUGAGUGUUCUUCGAAUUUGAAAGAGUUUCGUAUAUUUUCAUAGUAUAGUUUGAAUAAUAAUAACUAUUAAAAAAACUGUGUGUUUUUCCUUUAUAAAAAGUUAAGGUUCUUAUCUUCAUUAAGUACAUUGUACCUCAUAAGAUUUUUGUCUAGCUUUUAUAUUUGUACAUUGAAAUUCCUAUAGAGGAAUUUUCCGUCCUUUUUUGUUGUUGAUUAAGUUCAGAAGGGAAGUCAGUUUGGUUUUAAUGUGGCGUAAAUAUAUGUAUGUUGCAAGGGUAGAAAAGCAGCCGUAAACAA